CUUCAAUAUCUACAGUGCCUAUUCUUCUUUUUUGUCGCUAAGCUAAGCAUUAUUUUACGCACGAAAGUUUAAUUCCUUGUAUAAUGUAUUGUUUUUAAUGUAAUUUCAAGCAUUACUAUCAAUUAAACAUUACAGAAUCAUUCGUAAAGGUUAAAUGUAUAAAAUAUUUUAGUUAUUCGGUGUUGAAAUCUUAUCAGUUGACCGAUUAUGAAAUGUUGUUGUUGAAUGUAUUUUACACUAUUUUUCCGUUUUAUGGUACGAAUAAUGCUUUGCAUUGAUUAAAGCAGCUCAUUUCGACUAGUUUAUGGUUCUUUUAAAAAGCAAGAUAUUGAUGUCGACUGCUGAUAAGGAAUGCAGAAUGAAGAUUUACAACGCGUAUUUAAUAUAAGUGAACUGCCUAAUCAUCGGUACAAUGGGUUCGUAUUACCGAAUACCGAUGAUAAGUAUACUAUCAAAGCCAAAAAGUCAUCUCCAAAACCAAAGAAGCAUGCUGGACUUGAUAUGGUGACAUCGUCUGGUAAAACCAUUGUCAAACGUAAACCACGUCUGAAAAGUUGCGUCGGCAAAGGCCGAGAUUCGGUGAUCGUAAAUGGCUUCAGCACUGUAAAUAAUGUAUUACCAAACCAAAAAGAAUUCAAUUCACCAUCAGACAAAUACCGUAGUAAUAAUUCGAACAAUUUCACCAAGAGCUAUGAAUCAAGCAAUGUUAAUUCCGUCGAGUCGAUCAGUAGUAUUCUAUCGUCUUUCAGUAACGAUUUGAACUCCAACUCCGGCAAUCGGGUACGAUUAGCAAAUCCUUUGAAAUAUGUUGAAAAUAAUCAUUCGAGAAGUUCCGAAGCUACAACUAGCGGAAUCAUAUGUACCAAAAAUUUCACUCCUUUUACUACCGAAAGUGAACUGAAAUUGAAAACCAACCAUGUAAAUAAUUUUACUCCUAAAUUCAACAGCCCGAUCACUCCGAGUAAAACUAAAUUGGUUGAAUUGAGGAAGAAAGAUGAAGAAUCACCUCUUUAUUCGCCAGAAUUGGUACCUGUUAAGAGUAUCAUGCCGAAUAAUCAAUUCGAUGAAAAGCUUGAUGGUAGAUUCAUCGAUAGAAAUAAAAUCGAUAAAGAACCCGACAAAAAAAUUGCUGAUUUCAAUAGCAAUAAUGUUUACGAAAAUAAAUUGUUCCUGCGCGCUAAAAAGAGAAAACAGAAUCGAAGUAAAUGGCAAAUGGAUAGCGGUACUCGUCAUGAAGCUUUGCAAAGGAUACGAACGUCAAUAGAAUUACACGAAAAUUUACAAAAUGAUCUCUUUCCUUUAAAUAUAGGUGAAACUAUAUUCGAAAAGUCUGACAGUGAUUCCUCGGAAGAAUGCAACAGUACUUUUCAAAACAAUUGGUUCCACAGCAUGGCGGGAAUCGAAUUUGAUGAUAUGAAACGAAGCUUUCGAUUAAACCAGUUAUAUAGCGAGCUACGUCGUCAGUGGUGUCAAAUAAAACAAAAUAAAUCCGAUGCACCCAUAUAUACGGAAAAGUUCAUGAAAUCUCUCGUAGAUGCAGCGCGAACUCGUCCAUUAGAUGCGAUACGUUGUUUAGAAGAACAAGAGCGACUUCAAACAUCGAUGGCCGAGCCUGUAAUCCUGGCGAAGAAGAAAUGUGCUUUAGAAAACUGUAAAAACGUCAGCUUACCAUGUAUGCCUACUUGCGUUCGUCAUAUUCUGUAUUGCGAGAAGCAAACCUUAUUCGAGCAAUGUCGUGUACGCGAAUCGAACGAUGUCCAGUGCGAUAAACCUGUUUUAAAUAUUAGAUACAAUUAUCCAGUUUGCUCUCUGCAUUCGAAGUCAAAUUUUACGUUACCUGAUUUUUCGCGAGAAGAUAUCCUAUAUGAAGACGUACGAAACAAAAAUACCUCAUCGUCAUCAGAUAUUUAUAAAAUAGACUUCGACUUUACCAAUGCAAACGCCACUUUAACGAAACCGUCUGUUGUAACGUCUUCCAAAUUGGAUGCAAUUAAAAAGAAAAACCACACCGUAGCUUCUGGCAGUAAAACUAAUUCUACUGUCAGAGUUACUCCCUGUGUGCCCGACAAGGUGGAAAAAAUUGAAAAGAAAUUCGAAAAACCGGACGUCAAGUACACGAAGAACGGUGAAUUAGAACGGAAGCCGAGUGUAAUCGCAAGUAAUGAGAUAUUACGUAAAGAGGAGCCUAAACCUAACCAAACGGUACCUGCUGAAAAUCAAAAUUUGUUGAGAGAUUGGGUCAAUUUAUCGGACAAUCAGUUAGUCGAUGCUAAAACCUUGGAGAACACCUUACAAAAUGAGUUCGUCAAUGGGUUCGAUAUUAAUUCGUCAACUAUACAGAGUCAAAUUCAAGAUAUCAUCAAUUCCGAGUCGACCCUAUCAACUGAAAUGUUGAUGGGUACCCACGAAAUACCUAAUUACAUUCAGGUCGAAGAAAUGAUAGAGGAAGUCGAAAUCACCGACGAAGGCGAAUUAAAUGGUCCAGAAUUAGUACAUAGUGAAGAUUUAAACGCUGUUUUGAAACAGUUACCUCCUGAAGCGUUCAAUGAAUUAUUUUCUGAUAAAAGCGAUUCGCAUUGGGGUGAAACUCAAGCCUUGGAAAGAGUCAUAGAAGAAAUGGAUGUACGAAAGUGCCCGCUCAUUGAUCCUUCUCUUUUAUUAGAAGAUAUCGAACCAACGUCGUACGCCAGUUACUCGGAUAAUUUUGACGGAAACACAUUAGCUGAAAACGUAGAAUCUAGGUUUAGCAAUCUAACGCCGGAAAAUUGCAGUCAAUCUCAGUCCUAACAUAUCCGUUAUCGUUAAUUGACUCAUUUUAAUGUAACGUGGUUUAAUUCUAAUAAUUGUUAAUACGCUUUUAUAUCAUUUUUUUGUAUGUAUUUUUAUUUACCUAUUAUUUAACAUAGAAAGUCGUCUUUUUUUUCUCAAUUGAAGGUAAUAUGUAGAACUUCGAACACUGUGUUAUGUUAAUGUGGUUGAAGGAUUGUAUAUUCUUUUUUCUUUUUCUUUUCCUCCAUUUUCCUCUUUUUUUUCAAGUGAAAACGCUACGUAGAAAUUAUUCUAAGGGUGUAACAGUGUUUGUUGUUAAGUUUGCCAUUUUUAUUAGAAGUUAAUAUUCCUAUCAGCUAAGUCAAAAUUUUUGCAACGAGUUCAAUUAUUUAUUGUGUGCAUUGUUUAACAUUUUGACCUGAAAAUUACGUCUUUUCUUCUUGUAUGUUUGCGCCUUUGUUGUAUACUAUGUAGUAUUAACGUUGCGAAGAUUUUCACGUCGUAGAAGUUUUUUUUUUCAAAUUUGUAUUAAAUAUGAAUGAGUUUAUAUGUAUUUUUCAUGUCAAAAUAAACAGUAUACUUGUACUACUUA